AUGGCAGAGAAUACUGCCGCAUCCUCCAAGGCCGUCCACACAAUCGUGCUGGAUGCUGGCCCGAUUCUCAAGAAUACCCCGCCGCUUUCAACCCUCCUUGCCCAGUGUGAGGAAAUUAUCACCACCCCGUCCGUGGUUGCCGAGAUCCGCGAUCCCGAUGCACGCGCACGUGUCGAAACCCUCUACCUGCCUUUCCUGAAGCAGCGAUCCCCCACACCAAAGAGCUUCAAUAUUAUCAGCGAAUUUGCUCGCAAGACCGGUGACCGUUCUGUCCUGAGUAAAACCGAUAUUGAGGUCCUUGCCCUUGCGUACGAGAUUGAGUGCGAGAAGAACGACGGUGAUUGGCGUUUAAGAAGCGUCCCCGGACAGAAGAGAAUCAAUGGAAAGCCGCCUGUGAAGGAGGAGUCCGAGGAGGCCAAGCCCGAGGAGACCAAGCCCGAGGAGACCAAGCCCGAGGAGACCAAGCCCGAGGAUGCGGAGGUGGAAGCCAUUACGGAGGGCGUGAAGGAGACCACAGUCGCAGAAGCCCAGGAAGAGGCUCUAAAGGAAGAAGAAACUGUUGCAGAGAACGACGCCGACAAAAUAGCAGAGAUUGCUGUUGAGGUUGCUGAAGAAGACCAGGACGAAGAUCAGGAUGUAGAGGAUGAUGCUGGUGAUUCUGACGGCGGAGAUUGGAUCACACCCUCUAACUAUAAAAAGCGCCUUGCUGAGGAUGAAUCCGGGACAGCGCUUCUUACUGCUGCGCCCAAGACAAUGCAGGUUGCAACCAUGACCACUGAUUUCGCGUGUCAAAACGUUCUCCUCCAAAUGAACCUCAAUCUUCUGUCUACCACCACUCUCCAAAAGAUCCAGCAUCUUAGAACUUUCAUCAAGCGCUGCCACGCUUGCUUCUUGACCACAAAGGAGAUGAACAAGCAGUUCUGCCCUCGCUGUGGCAAGGAUACCCUCACUCGUGUCUCAUGCACGACCACUGCUAAUGGUGCGUUCACAAUGCACCUGAAGAAGAACAUGCAGUGGAACAAGCGCGGCAAUGUAUACAGCGUUCCCAAGCCAAUCGCAGGCAGCGCGAACGGCAAGUGGAAGGGCGGCGGUGGUCAGCGAGGAUGGGGUACCGAGCUCGUUCUUGCUGAGGAUCAGAAGGAGUAUAUCCGCGCCAACGAAGAAGAAGAGCGGCGGCAGCGUCGCGAGCAUGAUCUCAUGGACCAAGAUUACCUGCCUGGUAUCUUGACCGGCGAGCGCAACAGGGCUGGCGGUCGUACCAAGGUCGGUGCUGGCCGCAAUGUCAACUCGAAGAAGCGCUCCUAA